CAUUCCUUGGAUCUUCGCAGAAAAGCCAAUUCUGCAGACAGAGUUAGGAAUGUGGACAGUUCACAGUCGAGAGUAUUUUGGGAUUCUCUCGUUCCCCGUGAUGUUAGCCAUGGUCUGCUGUGCGCAAAGCGUUAAUGAGCCUAGCAACAUGUCUUACGUGAAAGAGACAGUGGACAGAUUGCUCCAUGGAUACGACAUUCGCUUGAGGCCAGACUUUGGAGGUGCUCCUGUUGAUGUCGGGAUGAGGAUAGACAUUGCCAAUAUAGACAUGGUCUCAGAGGUCAACAUGGACUACACACUCACAAUGUAUUUCCAGCAGUCCUGGAGGGACAAAAGGCUGUCUUAUUCUGGAAUACCUUUGAACCUAACUUUGGACAAUAGAGUAGCUGACCAGCUCUGGGUGCCAGACACAUACUUCCAAAAUGACAAGAAGUCAUAUGUUCAUGGGGUUACAGUGAAAAAUCGAAUGAUUCGACUACAUCCUGAUGGAACAGUCCUUUAUGGCCUACGGAUUACAACUACAGCUGCUUGCAUGAUGGAUCUACGCAGAUACCCUCUGGAUGAACAAAACUGCACACUAGAAAUUGAAAGUUAUGGAUACACCACUGAUGAUAUUGAGUUUUACUGGAAUGGAGGGGAAUCUGCAGUAACAGGUGUUAAUAAUAUUGAGCUCCCACAGUUCUCAAUUGUUGAUUACAAGAUGGUAUCAAAAAAAGUGGAAUUUACAACAGGGGCAUAUCCUCGAUUAUCACUUAGUUUUCGGCUUAAACGAAAUAUUGGUUACUUCAUUUUGCAAACCUACAUGCCUUCCACGUUGAUCACAAUUCUAUCGUGGGUAUCUUUUUGGAUCAACUAUGAUGCCUCUGCUGCAAGAGUUGCCCUAGGAAUCACAACUGUGCUGACCAUGACCACAAUCAGCACUCAUCUCAGGGAGACACUACCAAAGAUUCCCUAUGUAAAGGCAAUAGAUAUUUACCUAAUGGGAUGCUUUGUGUUUGUAUUUCUGGCCUUGCUGGAAUAUGCCUUUGUAAACUACAUAUUCUUUGGGAAAGGCCCUCACCGUCAAAAAAAGGCAGCUGAGAAGGCUACUGAUGAGAAGGGCAAACCGGAGAUUAAUAAAGUCCAGGUUGAUGCCCAUGGAAACAUUCUUCUUACAACUCUGGAAUUAAGAAAUGAGAUCAGCGGCUCAGAAGUGUUCACGGGUAUCAGUGACCCAAGAGCCACCAUGUAUUCAUAUGACAGUGCCAGCAUCCAGUAUAGAAGACCCAUCUCAAGCAGAGAACUCUACAGCAGAAGCACUUUGGACAGGCAUAUGGUUCAUAAAAAGGGGAGCUUACAGAGAAGGGCAUCACAGCUCAGAGUCAAAAUCCCAGAUCUGACAGAUGUUAAUUCUAUAGACAAAUGGUCAAGGAUGGUCUUUCCUAUCACAUUUAUUAUUUUCAAUGUAGUUUAUUGGCUUUACUAUAUCCACUAAUGUAUGCAGUGAUCAUCUCAUCCCUAGAUUUAUUUUCUUCCCUUCAUUUUGUUAACUCUC